AUGCUAGAGCUAGUAUUUGCACCAGCAGAGAAAUGGAUAUCAAGGAGCGACUCUGAUAUCAUCGAUGCAACGAUCAAGGAACUCGAGAGACUCUUCCCUAACGAAAUCGCAGAUGACCAAAGCAAAACUAAGGUUUUCAAGUACCAUGUCGUAAAAAAUCCAAGCUACUGGCCGCGUCAGGACCGCGAACGUUGUCGGAGGCAAGUGUAUCAACAUGAGAAGAUGAAGCUUUUAAGGUCGUUUCCAUUUGCCUGUAAGCUUACAUGUUAUUUGGCAACUUUUGUGUACAAACCUCAUUUCAAGACAAAGUUAAAAGGGGAUUGGCAAACGAUAAACAAUUUCUUGUAA